AUGUUGGAACAGAUUCAUCUGCUGGCUGCCGUGACAGUCCUGGGAGUCUUUGAGCAAGCCUACUUCUUCCUCCAGGUCAUCUAUGCUAGGAGGGUGUUUGGCAUUUCUCCUCCAAAGAUCUCAGGACCACCUGAAUUUGAGAGGAUCUUUCGAGCACAGGUGAACUCCUCUGAGUAUUUUCCCAUUUUCCUGGCACUUCUCUGGCAGGCUGGACUCUUCUUCCAUCAAGGUCUGGCUGCAGCCUUGGGUCUGCUCUACCUCUGCGGCCGCUACUGCUACUUUAUGGGAUACAGGGCAUCCUCCUCCGAAAGGCUUGCCCCGAUAUACUUCACCAGUGGAGUUCUCUGGAUUCUCCUUGCAGCCUCAGCCCUGGGCAUCUUGCAUUUCUCCCUCUCUCACUACGUGGGGCUGAACAUCCUCCGGCUUCUCACAGCGUGA